AUGGUUGCUAGCCCCGAAAGUACCUUGACUGCCGCAGCUAGCGUGGAUAGGGAGUUUUGCAUUCGUAGUCGCGGUCAGUGGUGUGGAGGUGAUGCAUCGCCGUCAACGUCCAUUGAAAGCAUUUCAACUGAACUUAAAAGGCUCAAGGAGGAAAUCGGUGCUAUUUGUGCUGGCGACAACGAUAACAUACGAAGGUGGCGGCUUCAUACCCAAACAACUCACCCUCUUUCCGCAGCCCCCAAAGUUUUGAGGGAGCGAUUUAAUUGCAAAGCAACCAGCCAGGCAUAUUGUAAAUUUCUUGAAAUUCUUGUGCGAUACCCUCGUCUUCUACAUAUACAUACGUCAUGCAAAUGUCUGAGAUCAUUCCACCUCUGCGAAGCACCAGGCCACUUCAUAUCUGUAUUAGAUCGCUUUCUCUGCACGUUCCACUC